UGGCUCCAGAAGUGAAGGUGGUUCACAAAAAGGGCCGCGAUGGUGUUGAGGCCCUCGUCUGCCACAUUCACGGUUUCUACCCCAAGGCGAUUGAUGCCACGUGGAGGAAGAACGGGGAUGUCUUGGAAGCCGAGACCCACCGCGGGAACGUGGUUCCUAACUUGGACGGGACCUUCCACACGUGGCUCAGUAUUGAGAUUGACCCAGAGGAGAGGGACCAGUAUCAUUGCACCGUGGAGCACGACAGCCUGCUUGGGGAUCCUGACCCAGCUGUGGAGCAGCCUGUCCCAGGGAUCAGUCUGUGGGUGAUGGUUGGUGUGAUCCUCGGGCUCGUUCUCCUGGUUGUGCCUUUGAUCAUCGUCAUCGUCAUGACCAUAAGACACCGACGAGAAAGGAGCCCUCCAGCCCCCAGUGAAGAAAUGCGGAGUAUAAAUCCACCCCGAAAGCGACGCCAUGUUCUGAUCCAGCAGGAACACUAA